ACUUAGACCCACUCGUUCUGAUUCCCCCGUGUCUGCCACCUAUCCUGUCCUCUCUCUCCGCAGGCCGAGCAGAGCAAAGCCAUGGCGGCCCUCUCCCUGUCCCUCGCCCCUCCCACCGCCGUGCUCCCCUGUUUACCCAGCAGGCCCGCCGCCUCCCUCCUCAGGCCGCGGGUCCCCUCCCGUGCUACCCUCGUCGUCUGCCUCGGCGCGAAGCCCAAGGUGCCCCUCCCCAUCGCCUCGCCGUCCCCACUCGGGGACGACCCCGCUAAGUGGGACCCCGCCGAGUGCGACGCCCUCCUCCGCGGCGGCGAGCAGGUCGCCUCCGUGCUCCAGGAGAUGCUCACGCUGAUGGAAGACAUGGAGAUGGAUGGUGCAUUUGCACCGGUGGCCGUGGAGCUGGUGGCUCAGGGAGUAAUUGGGAAUAGGGUUGAUGAGAUGGAGUCUGGCUUUCUACUGGCACUAGAUUACAUGAUACAGCUCGCGCAGAAGGAUGGUGAUGAUGAGCGUAACUCACUUCUUGAAAUAGUCAAGCAGACAGUGCUAGACCAUCUGACGAAAAAAUGCCCUCCGCAUGUUCAAGUAGUUGGACUCCUUUGCCAGACUGAAAAGAAAGAGAGCAGACAUGAAUUACUACGUCGUGUAGCUGCCGGUGGUGGCGUGUUUGAAAAUGAUAAAGGCCUGAAGUGUCAAAUUCCAGGAGCAAAUCUCAAUGACAUUGCAAAUCAGGCGGAUGAUCUGCUGGAGUCAAUGGAAACCAGACCCACAAUUCCUGAUCGAAAACUUCUGGCCAGACUAGUUAUAGUAAGAGAGGAAGCUCGAAAUAUGAUGGGAGGUGGCCUUUUAGAUGAAAGAAAUGAUCGUGGUCUCAAUACCCUUCCUCAAGCAGAGGUGAACUUCUUGAGCAAACUGGUCGCUCUCAAGCCAGGGAAAGCAGUGGAGAAGAUGAUCAGUGAUGUUAUGCAUGGCAAAGAGGAAGGUGCUGAUAACACUGAAAGCACAAAUGCCGGACCAAAUUCUGACCUGGAACCUUCAACUGGGACAUCUGGAAGGGAAAAUGCAACAGGCCGCAAGCCACAGCCUGUCCGGCCUGGAAUGUUCCUCGAGACAGUUUCUAAGGUCUUAGGCGGCAUAUAUGCAAAGAACACAUCUGGUAUUACAGCACAACAUCUAGAAUGGGUACAUCAAACAACACUGAAAGUUCUUCAGGAAAUGGCCUUCUAGUGUUACAUGUGAUCAGUCAUAUAUGCAAUACAAAAAUGAAACAUUUUGCACAAAAGAACAGUGUUAUAGUACAAGCUAUCGGGAUAUUUUCUCCAUAGGUGGCUGUGAGUUACUUGGCUACAAAAUGGAGGGGAAGAAACGGUGACAGGAGCACCUGAAGGCCAACAAUUACUUCCAGUCUUCUGGGAAGGGUGCUAUUGUAUCAUCACGUGCAGACGAGCGCAGUCCAGAAGUAAGUUGGAAGCUUGGGAGGAGCACAAUCGAACGGCUAGAUUGAUGAUAGUUAUAGCUUUCUCCGAGUAGUGGGUGCUCUUUGAAGACAUUACCACUAUUACCAGAAAUGGUUUUGGAAGCUAGUAGGAUUUUGGAAGGUUCUUAGAUAGUUUAGUUUCAUCGUGUUCCUUUGUAUAGCCUGUGUAACUUUGAUUUGCAUAGAUGUUUUCAUGUACUAUGUUGUUAGAACUUAGAAUGAAUGUUUAGGUGACUUCGGUGCCCAGACACUUUCUGAGUGUCCUCUUUUAUAGAAAGACGGUACUUAUAUUCGAGUGAAGACAUCA